UGUAUAGCCUGGAUCCUGUGUUAAAACCUGUGGACUUGCCUUAUUGGCUUCAUAACCUGCUUUACUACCCAACCUGCUCCAGACUUACCUGAACAACUCUACCUACCUGCUUUAUUUACAAACCUGCUCCAUACCAGCCUGAACAACCCUAAAUACCUGAUUGACUUCCAACUGGCUUAAUUCUAUAGUGGGCUUUAAUGUAUUAUUGCUUUGUGGCUACCUGUGCUACUCCAACAUUGGAUUUACAAACAUUCCAGAUUAUAUUGGCAUCUAUCAUAAAAGACCUGUUACUACAGUACAACCUCUAAUCCAAAGAGACUGAACAACUACACACCUAUAUAAGUGAUGAUUCUUAAAGAGGUCUGCAGACCAUCCUCAUUCACGCCCUAACCCAAGGAAUGGAUUCAAUUCACGAAGGUGUCUUCUCCUCCCACAAUGGAAGCCAGCAAAGUGAAACGAUUCCUGAAGGAGAUUAUGUUAGUACUUCUACAAGUGAAAGUAUUUACAUGGAACAGUCUGACGGUGUUCAGAAUGCUGUAACUACCCAGAAUCCACUCAAACCUAAAAAAUGUGACAGGACAUUGUCCACAAAAUCUGGUCAUGGGAGUCAGCAGAGGGCACAUGAAGACGAGAAGCUUUAUAUUUGCUGUGACUGCGGGAAGACGUUUAGUAAUUGGAUGGGAUAUAAUCUGCACCAGCGAACACCAGAUGGAUGCAAACUAUUUUCCUGUAUUGAGUGUGAUAAAAAAUUUACAUGCAAAUCCCACCUUGAAAGGCAUCAACGAACUCACACUGGGGAAAAGCCAUACCGCUGCACUGAAUGCAACAAGAGCUUUGGUCAGAGUUCACACUUGGUGAGGCACGUGAGGAUCCACACUGGUGAUAAACCGUACCUUUGCACUGAAUGCGGUACGACGUUCACUCACAGUGCGCAACUCUGGAGUCACAAAACCGUGCACACAGGAGAAAAACUCUACAAGUGUCUUGAGUGUGGGAGAGGGUUCAGUAAGAGUUCCCACCUUAUCUCUCACAAAAGGAUUCACACGGGGGAAAAACCAUAUAUCUGCCCAGACUGCGGCAAAUGCUUCAUCAACAACUCAAAUUUAACCUUACAUCGGAGAACCCACACAGGUGACAAGCCUUACUCGUGUAGUGACUGUGGCAGAAAGUUCAGCGAUAAGUCUAGUUGUGUCCGCCACAGGAGAAGGCACACUGGGGAGAGGCCCUACACGUGUAAUGUUUGUGACAGACGUUUUAGCAAUAGCUCAAGCUGUAGAAGACACAAAGGCAGGAAGCACUCUUCUUAAGCAUCCAUGUUAAUUUGGUCUAUUUAAAUAAAACCUAUUACAAUUGUCUUUUAAA